AAAUAUGUCAUAGGUUCUUAGAUAAACAUUUAACAUUAAAACUUGAGGUUGCAUGUUCGAAUCUUGUAUAGAUCAUAUAUAGGGAUUUUUUUUUUUUUUUUUUUUUUUUUUUUUUUUGUAGAAAAUGAGUUCAACAUUUGUAGCGAUUAUAAUCGCUACAAUAAUCACCAUGAUUGAAUGUUAUUUUCCGUAUCGAUUAAUAAGGACGACCCCAUCGAAAGCGAAAAAUAGCAGAUAUUAUUAUCGAAUAACCAUUCAUUGGGAUUUUUUUUUGUAGCAAUUACAAUCGAUACGAACUGUUAAAAUCGAAAAGGUAUUUUUCUUGUAGUGUUUCUUGUUUGUAUGUGGUUGUUUUCAAACUCUUAGUGUAAGAUACAGUGCCAUUUUUUCUUGUACUUUUUUUUUGGUUUAAUAAAAAAAUGUUUCAAAUGUAUUUUUUUUUUUUUUAUUUUUUUUUUUUUGAAUAACGUUUCUUACCUUGCAUAAAGUUGCAAAAUUACUUGUUACGUUGUUAUAUAUUGUUAAUUUGUUUGUUUAAUUCAUGUUAAAUUGUCUAAAUUUUACUCUACCAAUAAUCUCAACUUUUCUUCAAUUUUCAGUACCCCACCACAUUGAAUUUCAAAGUAGUAGGUUUGAUCUCACUUUCAUUGAAAAUCUGUUUCAUUCCAAGUUGAACCAAUAAAUGGAAAAAACAGGGCAGGAUUCAAAUUCUCCUGUUGGCGUUCUAGAGGACUAUUUUCGAAGUGUAGAAUCUGAUACAAAUUCAUCCAAUGAUGCAAAUGAAACCCAGAAAAACCCAAAAACAGGUUCUCGUUUUCGCAGUUUUAUGGACUUGUUAAGGUCUAAAUCCAAGAAGCAAUUACCUGUAUUGGGGUCUCUGAAUGUGCCCAAGUUAUCAGGGUUGAGAAGUAAUAGCAUGAGAGAGAAUUCGAAUUCGAGUUCGUCGUUUUCGAUGUCAAGCAAGUGUUAUUUUGGCAAUGCUGAUUCACCUUCUAGGAAUUUCACUCUUUUUGAGCUGCAAUUGGCAACCAAAAAUUUUAGCCAAGAGAAUUUCAUUGGGAAGGGUGGAUAUGCCGAAGUUUAUAAAGGAAUAUUGAGUAAUGGGCAAGUUGUUGCUGUGAAACGGCUUGCUCGAGGCACGCCUGAAGAAAGGAUCGCGGAUUUUUUGACUGAGCUAGGGAUAAUGGCUCAUGUUAGCCACCCUAAUACGACGAAGUUGAUUGGUUAUUGUGUUGAAGGAGGAAUGCAUCUUGUUCUUGAAUAUUCACAUCUUGGCAGUUUAGCUUCAUUGUUACAUGGUUCAAAGGGGAAAUUGAAUUGGAGUGCUAGGUAUAAGAUUGCAUUAGGGAUUGCUGAGGGACUAAUGUACCUGCAUUAUGGUUGUCAACGGCGAAUUAUUCAUAGAGAUAUUAAAGCAGCAAAUAUUUUGCUCAGAAAAGACUUUGAACCCCAGAUUUGUGAUUUUGGGCUUGCGAAAUGGCUACCGGAUAAAUGGACUCACCACAUUGUUCUGAAAUUUGAAGGAACUUUUGGCUAUCUUGCACCUGAAUUCAUGAUGCAUGGCAUAGUUGAUGAAAAAACAGAUGUUUUUGCAUACGGUGUGCUCUUGUUGGAGCUAAUUACUGGUCGCCGUGCUCUUGAUUGCUCACAGCAAAGCCUUGUUUUGUGGGCCAAACCAUUAUUAAGAAAGAAUAACAUCAGAGAGCUCAUUGAUCCUGCUCUUGAUAACCGCUUCAACUCAAAACAGAUGAAGCUUAUGCUUUUAGCUGCUGCCUUGUGUGUACAGCGCUCUUCAAUUCGACGACCUCAGAUGAAUCAGGUUUUACAGCUUCUAAAAGGAAAUCUUAGCAGCAUGGAGUCCAUGAAGAAAUAUAAAAAAUCAACAUUUUGGAAGAUGUAUUGUGAAGAGAUUACUGAAGCAUAAAAUGUAUAGAUUCAGAGCAACUGCUUUUUUUGUAGUAUAAAGGUUUAGACAGCAACCAAAAGAUUUUGCUAAACUCAUCUAUUAUACAUACUGUUUUUUGUCACCAAGUAUCAACAGGUAGUCUGUUAGUUUUGGAUUAGCUCGAUCCGUUGAUCAUCAAUUCAUCAGUGUUAUACAAGAGCCUCAAUGCCUGAUUACAUCAGCUAGAUUGCAAGAAACUGUAAUCGCGAUUUUUACCAUACAGGAAUACAAACAGAAUAUUGUAGUUGCAGCAUAAAAUAGUAUGAACUAUCAAAAGAACUUUAGUUAUCAGGCUUUGUAAGAUGUACAGUUUGUAAGAUAGGAGAAGAAUAGCCAAAGUUGAAAUCAA